AUGGGCUCUGUCGCCGGAUUGACUCCCGGCCAACUCCAGCUCAUCAAGGCUACUGUGCCGGUUCUUGUUGAGCAUGGCCAGACCAUCACGACAGUUUUCUACAAAAACAUGCUCGCUGCCCACCCGGAGCUGAACAACAUCUUCAAUGUCCCCAACCAGCGCAAUGGCCAUCAGACCCGUGCCCUGGCCGGUGCUUUGUUCGCCUAUGCUGCCAAUAUCGACAACCUGGGCGCAUUGGGUCCUGCCGUAGAGCUGAUUUGCAAUAAGCACGCCUCGUUGUACAUCCAGCCUGAGCAAUAUCAGAUCGUCGGCAAGCACCUUAUCGAAGCCAUGGGCGAGGUCCUCGGAGAUGCCCUCACCGCUGAGAUCAAGGAGGCCUGGGGAGUCGCUUACUGGCAGCUUGCCGAUAUCAUGAUCGGUCGUGAGAAGCAGAUCUACGAGCAGAGCAAGGGUUGGAAUAACUGGCGCGAGUUCAAGAUCACCGAAAAGGUCCAGGAGUCGGAAGAGAUCACCUCCUUCUACCUGGCUCCCGUCGACUGCAAGCCUCUACCUCCCUUCCAGCCUGGCCAGUACAUCUCUGUGCAGGUCAACGUGCGAGAGCUCCAGUGCCUGCAACCCCGUCAGUACUCGCUCAGUGACCAGCACUCCCAGGACUACUACCGUAUCAGCGUGAAGAAGGAGAAAGGCCUGCCAGCCACCGACUCGGCAGCUGCAACUCACCCUGGCUACGUGUCCAACCUCUUGCAUGACCAGUACAACAAGGGCGACAUCAUCAAGGUCUCUCACCCGUGCGGUGACUUCUUCCUGUCCGCCACUGCCGUGGAACCUACUACCCCAGUUGUCCUGCUCUCUGCCGGUGUCGGCUUGACCCCCAUGACCUCCAUCCUGAACACCCUGACUUCCAAGUCUGCCUGUACCGAGCGGAAGUUGCACUUUAUCCACGGUGCCCGCAACUCCAGAGCCCGCGCCUUCAAGGAUCACCUAACUGAGCUGAAGAAGACCCACACCAACCUGCAGGCCACCUUCUUCACCAGCAACCCCAGUGAAGCCGAGAAGGAAGGCGUCAACUUUGACCACGUGGGCCGCGUGGACUUGAGCAAGUUGGACGCCAGCAACGAUCUUUUGGUCGACAUUCCCACCACGGAAUACUACAUCUGCGGCCCAGACAAGUUCAUGACCGACAUGCAGGCCACGCUCAAGGAGAAUGGUGUGAGUGCCGACCGCAUCAAGAUGGAACUUUUCGGCACUGGCGGUAUCAACUAG